AUGUUUUCGAGGUUAAUCAACUCUAUUCGUGAGCAAUUCGCAGCACGCCAUACCCAUCUUCCCGACAGAAAUAUUGGCGCUGAUGCUUCAAAUAGUGACAAUGAUAAAAUGAUCGAUAAUGACACAUCUUCCUUCAAACAACGGAGUAGAAGCUCCUCUGUUACCGAAGAAUUACAAAGAAGAAGCAGCAUUGGUAGCAAUAGUAUUUUUACAAAUAAUGACGAAGGCGCGGGUGGUUUAAGCAAAUAUACCACCGCACAGUCUGUACCUAUUCCACGAAAAAACUCCAUAACAUCUGGAACAGCAGGUCUUGGUAAAAGCGGAAAUGGCAACAGUGGCCGUAGAAUGUCAACUAAUCUUUGCAGUGGCAGUGCGUAUGACGAUUAUGUCCAAAAAGACCUUAUGUCGAGCUCUUGGACGUAA